AACCUGGGACCCUUGAGUCCGCAGGCCGACGCUCUAUCCACUGAGCCAAACCGGUUAGGGCGGGUCUGCUUUUUCUUACAGGCUUCAUUCGGGUCGGCCCAUGGGGGUCUGGGUAUUUUAUUCCAAUCUGUGGCCCGAGUUUAGGUCUGGCCUGCAGCCUGGGUUUUGUCUCGGUCCAAGAUGGGAGUUUGGACCUUGUUCACUAGGUGACUUUAAGUCCAACUCAAAAUCUGACUUUGUCCUGAGCCUUGUCUAAGUCUCCGCCAUGCCCCCUACUCUGCUGCCUCCUGCCCCCCUACUCUGCUGCCUCCUGCCCCCCUACUCUGCUGCCUGUGCCAGGCGGGGGGGUUCAUUUCUCCCACAAGAAUCUGUGCCUUGCACUGGGGCCAGGACUCCCCAGGGGGAGCUCAUUUCAGCCCCUCUCAGGCCCAUGGCCCCAUCUUGCCCUCUUGGUCAGGGAGCUUGGAAUGGAAGAAACCCGCGCCCUUCCUUGGCUGCUGGCUCCGUAUCUUUCAGCGUUUGGGAAAUUCUCCUUUCUCUCUAACUUCAGUCCUUGCUGCUGUCCCCUGCACUUAUUUCCUUUUUACUCGUUCUUGGGAACUCGGGGGUGGACUUGCUGUCUGCACCCCUGGGGGGCUGUGUUUGGGGGGGCAACCUGGGUGGGUGGACUGGGAAUCUCUCCCUCUGCUCAGUCACUCCACGCUGGCGGGCAGCCUCCAGUGCACACAGGCUCACCUGCCUCGUUGGUUCUCCUUGGCCCGCCGUGGGCUCCAUGCUGGCCACCACCCGAUUUCUGGCCUGGCUUGAGGCCUGGUGGUGCUUUGGCUCCCUGGCCAGGGGGAGCAGACAGGCGCCAGAUGGGGGGCAGUGCUGUCUGCUGGGUGCAGGAUGGACACAGAGCCGUCCGAGGAGCCGUCUGGGGAUGAGCAUUAUGGGAGGGCUCCCCAGAGGGCUGUGCCUGCGGCCCCCAGCCCCUGCCCCUUCUGGCUCAGAGCCAAUCAGAAGGGGCCCAGUGGGCAAAGCCCCUCCGCGGGCCUUUGGGGCCUGGCUCACCCCUGCACCCCGAGGCACCAUCGGGCAGUGGAGCCGGGCAGGCAUGGGUCACCCUCUCUGCCUUCCUAGUCUGCACCCCCGUCUUCAGGCGGCCCCGGGUGCCAGGGCCUUGUGCAUCCCCCGGAUCAUCUUGACGGAGUGUGCCCCCAACCCUCCCUCCCCACCAGAGGCCAGGCUGGAGGAGCCCGGUCCCAGAACAACCCCCACCCCGAGACCCCGGACCCUGGUUGGCAGUGGGAGGGCCCCGCCAGAGGUGGUGGCCGAGGCUUCCAGGCCCAGCAGCAGCUGGAUGCCCGAGAAGGCAGGGCCACCUCUGAAGAGACAGGGCUCAGGGGGCUACAGUCAGGAAGAGGGAGGAGCCAGGGUCCCCUGUUCUCGGGGACCAGCCCCAGACAGAACUCAAGAGCCCUCCACUGCUGAGACCAGAGAAGACCACCCAGAGGAGACCCCCAAGGACUCUGGACCUGGCAGUGGGCAGUGUGAGGGCCAGCCUGGUGCUGGCCUCGGCGGCACAGUGAGGGGUGCCACCCCCCAGCGGAUGGACAGCCUGGAAGAGACGCUCCGGGAGCUGGAAGCCACGCUGAGCCAGAUGGGCACGGCCCCCUCCGAGAGGCCCCUUGGCAGCCUCCCACCCCUGCCCCCCAGGCCCAAGGUGGCUGCCUCCUCCCCUGUUCUCCCCUCCUGCCUUAAUGCUCCAGUCUCUCCAUCUUCAGAGCUGGAGGGAGUUGGGGGCUGCAGGAGCACCCAGACAGCCCCCGUCUCCCACUGGCCUUCUCUCAGCUCCUGCCACCCUCCUGGGAGCCUGGCGCCGGGCAGGGUUUGCAGGCUGAGCCCGAGGAGGCUGGGAAGCUGGCCUCCCCAGGGACCAGCCCAUCCAGGCCUGGCAGGGACCAGGGCCUCUCCUCUGCUCUGUAUCUGUAAACCAACAAAUAAAGUGUUCUCGCUCUUCCCCCCACCCCCUCCCCUCCCCUCCUGUGUGACUCUUUCUGUCUCUGUCGUUCUCUGCCUGCGCCUCUGGACUCCCAGGGCCCUUCCGGGCAGGUCUGGUACCUCGAGUGGUUCAAGGGGCUGGACUGGUCCAUCUUAGGGAGACUGCACCCCCAUCCUCCCAUUGGGAGGAGAUGUGGGCCUGGGGCUGCCAAUCCUGCUCUGUUUGCCAUUAUAAAGACCCACACCCCACCCCCAUCUCAGGCCUGCUCUCCGGGGCUCAGGAUGGUGCCCCUUGCUGGGAGUGGGGGUGUUACAUUAGAAGUGGCUCCCCCAGGGGGUGCCAGCUGCCUCUGGGCUCUCCAAGGAAACACCACCGAGUUCUCACUGGGGAGCGGAGUGGUCAGGAACCUAGCGGGUACCCCUGCCACCUCUCAGGGAGGCCUUGCCCUGGCCUCAGAGAGUGGCCCUGAGUCCUGGGCAGGGGUGUGGAGCCUGGAGGGGUCUCCAGGGCCCACUGAAGAGGUCCUUGCCCCAGAGACCCCGCCCAGUGCCUGGGGCUCCUGUAUGCCCCCCCCCCCACCUGACCCGGCUCUUCUUC